AUGCCGGCCAAGACCCCCAUGUACCUGAAGACCUCCACCCCCAAGAAGGGGAAGCGGCUGCGGCUGCGGGACCUGCUGUCGGGGGACAUGAUCAGCCCGCCGCUGGGCGACGUGCGCCACAGCGCGCACGUGGGCGCCGAGGGCCAGGGCGACAUGUUCGGGGACGUGGGCUUCCUCCAGGGCAAGCUGGACAUGCUGCCGUCCCAGGGCCGGCCGCAGAACGGCCACGCCCGCUCGCACAGCGUGGAGCGGCGUGCCGGCGGCGGCGGGGGCGGCGCCCCCGGCAACGGCAACGGCAACGGCAACGGCGGCCAGGAGGCGCACAGCUACGCCUACAACGGCUUCCACUACCAGCACGCCGCCAACGGCCUGCUGAAGACCACCGUCUCCAUGCCCGUCUUCAUCGCCCACGAGCAGGCCCCGCCCAAGCCGCCCCGCCUCCACCUGGAGGACGCCGCCGCCAUCGCCCCGCACCGCCCGCCGCCGCCGCCGCCCUGUGGAAACGGCGUGCCGGCGGACCCCUGCCGGGACAUCGCGCUGUCCCCCGCCGUGCGCCGGUUGGUCCCCUCCUCCGGCUCCUUCUCGGAGGUCUCCUCCGAGGACUCCAUGUCGGAGGCCGGCGGGCCCCUGGACGCCCGCCGGGGCCUCAGCCUGGACUCCGACGCCGGGCUGAGCAACGAGGACCUGAGGAGCGAGCGCAGCGAGUCGCCGUGCGGCGGCGGCGGCGGCCCCCCCGCCCCCGCCUGCUCCGCCGUGUCGCGGGCCGACUCCAUGGCCGGGCUGGACCUGGACCUGGACCUGGGCCCGUCCAUCCUGGAGGACGUGCUGAGCAUCAUGGACCGCUACAAAGCCACAGACGACCGCUGCGAGCUGUGA